AUGGAUGACAUUCACUUAGAUUUCGGAGGUGAUCAAGAUACAAACGCAGACAAUGGACUUCCAGGUGCGCCUCUUCCCCUUAUUGACUCUACAAUGAAAAGAAUUGAACGAGAGAAAGCAAGCAGCUUGUUUACAGCCAUGUCCCAAGGAAUAGAACAAGAGCAGAAAUAAAGCAGGUACAGCUGCAAAUGUGCUGGAAAAGCAGUGGGAAGAAGGCCCCUUGAGGAGGUUUAAUAAGGAACAGAAGGUUGAGAAGGAAGAGGCCUCUGACUCUUUUGAAAUGGAUGUCGAUCCACAUUUUCUGAAGAAAGAACCUGAAGAGGACAGUGAUGAUGAGUUUGGCAUAGUUCAAGGGAAUGAAGGGCAUAAUUUUAAAUAAGCUUGACAAAGGAAAGUUGAUGGCAUAUGUGAAGAAUGAUAUGUCUAACCAGGAAAGAGAGGAUUACCAGAAGAAGCUCCAAGAAGCUAAGGGAAAGAAAGAUAACCUGAAGAAACAGAAUAAUAUCAAAGGAGAUGUUAUUGUUGAAGAUGAUGAGGAAGAAAGCUCAGAAGAUGAGUUUGAUGAUGAGGAAGAUAAAGGAAAGAUUGAUCAGAUCUUUACCAACACUAUGAGUGAGUUUAAUAAGACUAAAAAGGAAGAACAGAAAUUGCAAAAGGAAAAGGAAGCAGCUGCUUUGGCUAAAUUAGAUAUAUUAAAAGCAGAGCAAUCCAAAAAUAAAAUAAUUUCAUCAGCAGGGAAAGGACUUGUUACGAAUAAUCUCUCAUCUAAGCUUAAAAGUAUUACUCAGAAGAAGGAAUAUGAUGCUACAAAAUUAGUACAGGAAGAAGCUAAAGCUGUGGUAUCUAAUUCAAGUUCACCAUUGAAGCCUUCAGAAGAACAGAAAGAGCAAAUUCCAAUCAUAAGGAAGAAAAUCACGAUUAAGAGAAAGCAAAUCGGAAUACUUAACUUUGCUAAAUCAGCUCUGAAAUGCAACCUGAAAAUCCCUAAUAUAUUCAUGGAUAACAAAAUUCUCAAUAUCACAGAGAUGAAUUUGGAGGAGAAUAAAGCUGCUCCUCAGAUAAUUAGAAAUAAUCCUGAGCCCGCUCCUCAGAAUGCAGAUUCUUCUCCAGCCGUGAUACCAGCAGUAUCUAGACAAAAUGAUAUGCAGCAAGAUCACCAGAGCCAGAUCUUGAACCAGCAAUUUGCUGCUGAAGAUCCUAUGAACAAGUGGAUGCAAGUAAACAAAGAAAGAGAGGGUGAAAUCCAAGAAAAAUUAAACAAAAAUUAUGAUGAAGAGCAGGAAGAGCCAGCAAGCUUGAUCAGGUAUCUUGACGCUUGGAUGGACUUCCUCACUACAGAUAUGUCUCCCUAUCUUGAUGAUAUCGUAAGAGAGACAGGCUCAUCAGGAGGUCUGAUGAAAAUGUUCAAGUCUAAGACAUCUCUUGAUAAGAGUCUUUAUGAAGAGCGUGAUAUUUUCAUGUGACUUGCAAAGAUCAAAAUGGAUACAAGUAUUGAAACCCACGAUAGAGUUUUGAGUAGUAUUUAUAUGCAUCUUUCUGGAAGAAAUAACUGACCAAGAACAGGCCAUCAUUGGAUCGAGGUUGGAUUUCAGAAUGAGGAUCCUCAAACUGAUAUCAGAGGUUCAGGAAUGCUGGGGCUAAUGCAGAUGCUUUAUUUUUGUGAGCAGUAUAAUGAGCUUGCUUCGAGAUAUUGAAAUCAUUCCCAAAUUCCUCAGCAUAAAUUCCCAUUCAUAAUCAAAUGAUUUGAAUUCACUACACUAGUUCUAAAUGUAUUAAGAUCAGGAAAAAUAAACAAAACAUGAAACCAAAAGGGAUCAAUCGAUGGGAUCUGUAAUGAAUUAUACAGUGCUUGAAUCUGGAUUUUCAUGACAAAAUAUAUCAAAACGCAGGCAAACAUCAGGCACAUGAAUGAUCUUAACAAAGAAGUUGAAGAUUACAUUGAAAAGAGUCCUGAAAAGGUGCUCCAACAAUUCCAAGCCUUCAUAAAUGCAUCUAAAAACCCUAGCAAUGACUCUGGUGAACAAGAUUUUGCUCAAUACGGUCAAAUAGACUCUGAUGAGCAAGCCCAGCCUCCACAAAUACCUAAUAGGAAUAGUAAAUAUGCAAUGUAAAUAGAUCCUAACCUU